AUGAGUUCAAGGUAUCCACCUAAUACAAAAAUAAAAGAUUUUGCAUAUCCAGAUUCAGAUCCAUUACAUUUUGGAGUUUCAAAUAAUAAGAAAAUCAAACGAUCACGACAAUCAAAUCAUAAUAAUGGUAAUGAAGAAGAGGAUCUAACUUCAAAUGAAGAACAGUCAUCUGGAGAUGACACAUCCACCAACUCAUCAUCUUCAUGCACAUCAUCAACGUCAUCUAUAUCGUCAUUAAAUCGUGGAUCACGACAUCAUCAUCAUCAUCAUCAUCAUCAGCAUCAUCACGAUACAAUCAAUAACAAUAAUAACGGUCAAGAUAGUAACGGUUAUGAGAAUUAUAAAGAACAAGGAUCACAAGCAGAAGACGAUGAAGAGGAUGAAGAAGGAGAAUAUUUAAAUGAUGAAAUUAAUUGUAAAGCUCGUGCAAUAUUUGAAUUUAAACCAGAAAAUGAUAAUGAAAUUGAAUUAAUAGAAGGACAAAUUAUUUGGAUUAGUUAUAGACAUGGUCAAGGAUGGUUAGUUGCAGAAGAUCCUGAAACUGGUGAAAAUGGAUUAGUACCUGAGGAAUAUGUUGAAUUUUUUUUUGAUGAAGAAGAUGAUAGUAAUGAAUAUAAUGAAGAAGGAAAUGAAGAGGAUGAAGAAUUAAAAGACACAUCUGAUGUUGGUAAAAGUAAUAACAACUAUGAAGAAAAAGCUAAAACGUUUUUGCCCAAGAUUAUAAAUGAUGUAUAG